AUGCGGAGAAACGGGCGGAAUGUUUUGGUCGAGAACUUGUUCCUCGUAGGGUUCUUGGCUGGAAUCUCCCGGAAGAUAGAAAUGCUUGGCGCGCCACCUCCCAACGCCGCUGCCUCCGCCGCCUCUGCCGUAGCGCCCACGCUCUCGGGCUAUGACAUUGGCCAGAAUUUCACCUCGGCGCUCGCGAUUGGCGCCGCCGCGAUCGUCUGCACGCUCGCAUUGCUCGCCUUCUACUUUUGCAGGUAUGUGUCGCUGGACCGCGGCGGCGGCGGCGGCGACAGCAGUGCCGCCAGCGGCAGCUCGCAAUGGAGCGGCGGCGGCGGCGGAGGAGGAGGAGCGGCGGCGGCGGGGCACUUGGAGAAGAUCCCGGUUGUGGGGGCGGGCGAGGUGGCAGGGCGGAUCAAGGGUGGCGAAUUCUGCGCUGUUUGUCUCACAGACUUCCAGCAGCAGCAGAGCCGCCUGGAUCCUGCCAGUGACAGGCUCCGUUUCCUUCCGCACUGCUCCCAUUGUUUCCACUGCGAUUGCGUCGACGAGUGGCUCCAAAAGCAUCUCUUCUGCCCCGUUUGCCGGACGAGCUUAGUCGCCGCUGCCGCCACCGCCGCCGGGAGCAAAUCACAGUCGACUGCCACUGACACAGCAGCAGCAGCAGCAGCACCAACACCACCAGAGCAAUCGGAGCAAUCCGAGCUUCAAAUCGUCAUUGUAGUUGAUCCUGGAGCUCGCACCGAUCGGGAUCGCGAGGUGGAUCGGGAAGAGACAAAGCAAUGACACUGACAAAGUUGAUCAAGAUCGGAUAAGCUUGCAAGAACAGAGGGAGUUAACUGAUCUCACCGGUUCGUACGCGCACCAUACGCAUCCAUAUCAAAAUCACCCGCACGGCCUAUCGCCACACACAUUGUUGGCGUGAGACACGUAUUGCUUGCUCACACACUUCGUGCUACCAAAGAAAAUAAAAUGUGCCCAUCUCUUCGCAAGAGAAAGAAGCGUUUGUAAGUUGUAGGAUCUAUGAUCACUUCGAAUCACUCCUCCCCAUCUUGCUGUCCGCACUGAUCGAACAACAAUAAACAAUAACAA